AUGUCUGCAUUAGUUAGAUCUCGAACGCGUAUGUUCUCAAUCAAUUCGAUAAAUAUCAACCGGUUUUCCUCUAGCGUCACCACAGGACCUUCGAAAGAAUCAAUCAUCUCCUCUUCCAGAAUCCUCAACGAUCAGCCUCCGAGUUCUCCGACGCAGCCGCCUCCAGCCGCCAGAGCCGAGAAGAAGUCCUGGAACUUUCUUAAGUAUGGCCUCAUUGCUGCACUCACUGGCGGUGUUGCCACUGCAGGCUAUGCCACCUACGCAUACUCGUUGGAUGAAAUUGAUCAUAAGACAAAGGCCUUCCGAGCAUCUGCGAAUCGCUCCAUUGGAAAUGCCUCAUCUUCUUUUGACACAUUUCAAGCUUAUUUGAGCUCUUCUGCAAUGGCAGUUCCUGCUAAGUUGGUUGACCUUUACAUUGACUGGAGAAGGUUAACUGAAGAACAAGUUCGAAGUUUUACAGAUCCAAAUUCAGACAAGCUCCUGCCUGAUGUGCACCCCUUGGAGCAGCAUGUUUUUACCCUUGUUCUCGAUUUAGACGAGACAUUGGUAUAUAAUGAUUGGAAGCGAGAGCGGGGAUGGAGAACAUUUAAAAGACCUGGUGUAGAUGCUUUUCUGGAGCAUUUAGCUCAGUUUUAUGAAAUCGUAGUUUUUUCCGGCAAACCGAGUACGGAUGUUGAUCCGGUGGUUGACAGAUUGGAUCCAAAGAACUGUAUCCGGUAUAGACUUUCACGUGGAGCAACAAGAUAUGUUGAUGGCAAACACUUUAGGGACCUCUCGAUGCUGAAUAGAGAUCCCAAAAAGGUUCUUUAUAUUAGUGCUCAUGCUCUAGAAGAUAGCCUUCAAUCAGAAAACUGUGUUUCAAUAAAACCGUGGCAAGGCGAAGUAGAAGACACUGCACUUGUAGACCUUAUUCCCUUCCUUGAAUAUGUUGCUAAACACGCACCAGCUGAUGUUCGAACUGUUCUAGCUUCUUAUCAAGGACUCGAUAUUUCAAAAGAGUUCAUAGAACGAUCCAAAGAGCAUCAAAGGCGAAUGCAAGAUCAAAAGCAGCGUGGUCGUCUGUGGCGACAUUAA